UCUUAGCCUGUCCCCUACACAACAGCACAGAGACUCUCUCUCUCUUCUCUCUCUUUCUGUAACAGUCUGAGUCCAAAAGCCACCACCCCACAUUGGCUUUUAAUUUCGUUUUCCCUUUUGUUUUCCGUGUUUCCUUUGCUGCUUCUGCUUGUGUUUCCUCUCAUAUCAGUACCUGGAAAUGGGCCAGGACAGGAAUCAUUCUUUGAAUUUCUUAUUAUUAUAUUUAUAUGAUACCCCCCUCUCUCCCCUUCUUUUCUUUGUCACCUUUUAGCAUUCCUGCUGCAAACAUGACCCUCUUCUUGUCUUCUAAUCUUAAAAUUACACUCUGCUCCUGUUUUAGCGUUGUGGGUUAUCCUUGAUUUGACCUUAUUUACCAAUUCUCUAUAGAUUUUUAUUCUCUAGCUACUGAAUGCCGUUGUAUACUCUCAUCCUCCCCGUUUGUUUUGCUUUAUUUAUUGACUACUUUUGAAAAAGAGGGGAAAUUGAUUUUUUUUUUUUGUUGCCUGGGUUUGUUAUGGUUGUACUGGUAUUGAACCCAUACUGAUAACCUGACUGGGGGUUCAUGGAAAUUGAUCUGAAUUAUGCAGUGACUGAGGAGGAGAAGAAUGCACUCUGCAAUGGAAACUGUGAAAAAGGUAGCGGUAAUUGUGUCUGCUGCUGCUUGCCCUCUUCAUGUUCGUCGCAUUCAUCUCCAUCUACUGUGUCCUCUUCAAUUUAUUUGGAGCUUUGGCAUGCUUGUGCUGGCCCUCUUACUUCACUGCCAAAGAAAGGGAAUGUUGUUGUUUACUUCCCACAAGGGCACUUGGAACAGCUUUCCUCUUCCUCGCCUCUCUCUGGCAUGGAAUUGCCCACCUUUGACCUCCCACCGCAUAUCUUUUGCAGGGUUGUGAAUGUCCAUUUGCUUGCUAAUAAGGAUAAUGAUGAGGUCUACACACAACUUACCUUGCUUCCUCUCCCAGAGCUGGUAGGGCAGAAUUUAGAGGGUAAAGAGCUUACAGAUUUUAGUGUGGAUGAGGAGGCAGGAGAAGGAUUACCUAGUAAGCUAACACCUCACAUGUUCUGCAAGACACUCACGGCUUCUGAUACCAGCACUCAUGGAGGGUUCUCUGUUCCUCGUAGAGCUGCUGAAGACUGCUUUCCUCCUCUGGAUUAUAAGCAGCAGAGGCCCUCUCAAGAGCUUGUUGCUAAGGACCUGCAUGGAGUAGCUUGGAAAUUUCGACAUAUUUACCGAGGUCAACCAAGACGCCAUCUGCUUACUACAGGAUGGAGUCUUUUCGUUAAUCAAAAAAAUCUUUCUUCAGGGGAUGCAGUUCUCUUUCUGAGGGGUGAAGAUGGAGAGCUGAGGUUGGGAAUAAGAAGAACUGUUCGGCCUAGAAAUGGUCUUCCUGAUUCACUUAUUAAGAAGCAGAAUUCAUAUCCUGGCGUUCUUUCUCAAGUAGCUAAUGCCCUAUCCACCAAGAGCACCUUUCAGGUUUUCUACAGCCCAAGGGCCAGUCACGCAGAGUUUAUCAUACCCUACCACAAAUAUUUGAGAAGUAUCAAAAGCCCUGUUUGUAUUGGAGCACGAUUCAAAAUGAGAUUUGAGAUAGACGAUUCCCCAGAACAAAGGCUUAGCGGUGUGGUGACUGGAGGAAGUGACUCAGAUCCCUAUAGGUGGGCUAACUCCAACUGGAGAUGCUUAUUGGUCAGAUGGGAUGAAAAUAUUGUGGGUGAUCACCGAGAACGAGUUUCCCCGUGGGAAAUUGAGCCAUCCACUUCUCUCCCAUCCUUGGACUUUCAAUCUUCCCCAAGGCUAAAGAAGUUGCGGACAAAUUUGUCAUCUACCUCGCCUGAGAACCUCAUAACUGGAGGGGGCGGGGUUUUGGACUUUGAGGAGUCUGUAAGAUCCUUUAAGGUCUUGCAAGGUCAAGAAAAUUUAUGUCUCGUAUCACCUACAGGUGGCUGUGAUACAGGCAACAACCCGUUGGAUUUUGAGAUGCGAUCCACUGCAAAUCAAAAUCCUGUGUCAACUACAAUGGAUAAAGCUGACAUUGGUGAGUUCAUGAAGGUUCAUUCCAACUCCUACCCAAGCUUUGUGGAUUCCGAGAGGUUUCCAAAGGUCUUGCAAGGUCAAGAAAUAUGCCCAUUGCGAUCCCUGACUGGAAAAGCUAAUUUCAGCCUGAGUCCAUGGGGGAACCCCGACUUUGGUUACAAUUCUUUCAGCAUGUAUCAAGCAAGCAAACCUACUUUCUUCCCGUUAGCACCAGAAAGACUUCGAAAUAUGUAUUUUCCAUAUGGUGAAGUAUUUAAACCCGGCCAAGAUAACAAAAUUGGCUCUUAUGCAAACAAAUUCCCGAAAGAAAAUGUGCAGCUCUAUCCAUCUCCUACCCAAACUGGUGGUACAGUGAACCAAGUCAGGAAGCUAAAUCUAUUAAGUGAGGAGCCACUGGAAAAUCUUUCUGGUUCUCCAGCUGUAGAGACACACCUCAGAAAGCAAAAUGCUGAAAAUUUCAAUGAGAGUGGCAAUGGCUUCAGUCUUUUUGGGUUUCGUUUGGCUGCCGAGACGCCGGCUACAAACUCACAAAGCUCUGGUAAGAGGAGUUGCACAAAGGUCCACAAGCAGGGCAGCCUGGUGGGGAGAGCUAUUGAUCUCUCAAAACUGAAUGGAUAUGAUGAUCUACUGAGUGAACUCGAACGACUAUUCUGCAUGGAAGGCCUUUUACAAGAUCCUGGGAAAGGAUGGCGUGUCUUGUACACAGACAGUGAGAAUGACAUAAUGGUUGUUGGAGAUGACCCAUGGCAUGAGUUUUGCGAUGUGGUGUCUAAGAUCCAUGUAUAUACUCAAGAAGAGGUGGAGAAGAUGACGAUUGGUAUGACAGGUGACGAUACUCAAAGCUGUUUGGAACAGGCACCGGUGGCGGUGGAACCAUGCAAAUCGUCGUCUGUUGGGCAGCCAGAUUCUUCUCCAACAGUUAUAAGGGUAUGAAGUUUGGGUUUGUUUUUAAGCAUUGUGUUUCUGAAUUCUGAACGCCAAGUAAUGGCCUUGUGCUUCUGUACGCAUAAAUUGCUGGAACCUGAUACCAGCAUCUGAACCUAGUCAAGUAUCAUAUGUCUGGCUUGCGUUGUAAGGUCUGCACCUUAAUUGACUUGAAGGAUUGAAUUAUGCUUGUCUGAUACCAUAGUUACUGGUUUCUUCU